AAGAACUUUAACAGUUCAUGGCUUCGAGCUCAGGCGGCGGCGGUGACGGCGACGGCGUCGACGACGGCUUGGUUGCUCUGAAAUUGAUCGAUCCCGAUUUUCUUGAGCAGGAAGGUUGUUGCAGGGAGAUAAUAGUCAUUUCAACGUCCGACAUUUCUUCAUGGGAUUUACCCUCUAUCCUCAACCAUCAGGUUAUUAUCGUGAAAGUCAGCCGGAAUCGGCUUAUUCAGCAAUCUCUGUACUUCCGUGCCCUCCUAUGUGGUAGCUUUAGUGAAUCAUCACUCGACUCAAUAGAAGUAAAUUGGGAUAUUGAGACAUUCUUGACUCUCAUUGAGAGUAUGUUUGGAUCUUCAAUUGAUGUAACACCAAUCAAUUUUCUGCCACUCUCUGAGGCAGCAUUAUAUUUUAGAGUUGAACUGCUUCUAAUGAAGUGCAAGACAUGGCUAAGUGAAAUGGCAUCAUCUACGCCCCCCUUACAGCUAAUGCAGUUGGAUAACUUGAUCCAGAUCUGGAAAUUUAGUUCAGAACAUGCAUACGAUUUAAAUCCAGAACUGUGCACAGUCUACCUUGCGAGGAACUUUGCGUGGGCAAUGCACUGCAUCUCCUUUUGUGAAAUUCCAUUCAAUUUAUUAUUUUCAUCCAUGAGGCAUCCUGAUUUAACUGUACACAGUGAAAGGCAUCUUGCUGAUGCAUGUCUGAUUUGGCUCACUUCCAAUAUAGAAAUUUCAAACAUCAUUGCCAAUUAUGUGAAUCCUUUCUUGGACAUUCUAAAAGAGAUUCGGCUUUUCUUUUUACCACUGGGAUAUGCUGCAGGGAAAAGAAGAUGCUGUUACUUGUCUGAAAUUGCUAAUCAGAGCACUGUUUCUAUCCUUAAUGUGGUUAGAAGUUCAAACACAAGCUUGAUUCAAGAAUUGUGCGAUUCAAAACAACUCAAGCUAAGAUUGACAAAUUUUACCAAGAAAGUGGAUCUUUCAGGUUGCCCACAGAUGCAGCCAUCAAUUCUUUUGUUAUCUAUGUUUCCGUCUGCACAUGGUACUGAUCUUAUGAGAAACAUUAUACAACAGUCAUUCAAUAUCCUUGAGUUUCUUAACAGCAGCCAAUUCCAAAUCUUGCGGGCUUUAUCAUCAACUUUGUCUUUUGAAGCAGUAGAGGAGGUGGAUAUUUCUAAUUGCCCCAUGCUACAUUUUAAUACUUGUAUUGAAGUUUUCAGCAGAACACUCCCCUCAUUGAGAAUCCUGAGGGCAGCUUAUUUUCUGAAUUUCAAUAUAACAAAAUUGCCCGGGUUACUAAAAAAGCUUCCCAUACUCUCUCAUAUUGACUUAAAGGUGGACAUGAGUCCAAUUAUACCGUCAAAGGUAUCAGUUGUGUCUUCAAGUUCAGAAACAGCAUCUGGAGUGUCAGCAUCAACUUCAGAAAUUGUCACAUUCAAUCAUGCGAUGUCUUACUUUUCUGGACCGUCGAUGUCAAAUAUUAAAAAGCUCAUCUUGGAGGGUCGUACAGAUGUUGAUGACAUUGUUCUCAAGAAAAUCUCUGAACUCUGUCCUUCACUAUGUUAUUUGAACAUUAGAGGAUGUACCUCAGUUACAGAUGCUGGUAUCUCAAACCUUCUUCACAAUAGUCUGAAGCUGCAUUCAAUACUUGCCUGUUAUACUUCUUUUGGAGAGCGAUCCAUUGUGGCUCUUACAUCAUGCUUGCCGAAUUUGGGUCUUUUCCCUGCUAUGGAAAUUGAAGCAACCCAUAAUGAAUCAUUGGCUUCUCAGCUUCAGACAUUGCAUAUUGGUGGUUGCAGAGGUAUUGAGGAAACAAGUCUUUCAAAUUUUAUGGCUCAAGCUUCUCUGCUGAAAAGUGUUUGUCUAAGGGAAACUCAACUUGCGGAUAAUGCACUUUAUAACUUCUCAGGUUCUUCCUUGGAGAUGCUUGAUGUUUCUGAGACUAAGGUUUCUGGUGCUUCUAUAUCUCACCUUCUUUCUGGGAAUCCUAGACUUAAAUGCUUGAAAGCGAUGGGCUGUACAAAUAUUUCUCAACAUGGAAUACCGGCUGACGAGGAAAAAUCAUCUAACUGCUCCCUUUUGGGCAAAGAAUGGUACAAAGAGUUGGGAAAGAGCUGCAAAUUGAAUGAAGUUGCUCUUGGAUGGGGUUUUUCUUCUUUAGCUAUGAAAACUCUGAAACAUGCUGCAGUGGCUUUAAAAGUAUUGACAGUCGGCUUAGGUGGAUCAUUACAUGAAGGUCUUUUGACAAUCCUACCAACGAUUUGCCCAUUGUUGGAGGUUUUGAUUCUUUAUUUUCAGGUAAUAUCUGAUAGUUUUAUAACGAGUAUUACAAACUCACUAUCUCAUUUACAAGUGUUGUCACUUUGCCACUGCCUCGGCGAGAUAUCUGCUCUAAGUUCUUCCCUCAGGAUGCCGAAUUUGAGGAAGUUGCGGCUUCAAAGAGUAACUCCGAGAAUGAAUAAUGCUGACCUGAUUGUUUUGUCGCAGAACUGCAGAAAUCUGGUUGAGCUUUCAUUAUCAGGGUGCAAACUUCUAAAUCCAGAUUCACAGGAGAUCAUUUCCAGAGGUUGGCCAGGCUUGACUUCCAUAUCUCUAGAGGACUGUGGGAAGAUAACAAGUGAUGGUGUUCAUUCACUUCUAGACUGUGAAGCCCUUGAGGAUCUGGUGCUGCGUCAUAAUGGCCUGGGAAUUCAAAGAAGUUUCGUUUUUGAUGUUUCUUCAAGAAUGCCAAUGUUGCGGAAGUUAUCCCUUGAUAUGUGUGAUGCAAGUGAAGGCUGCAUUGAUCUCCCAAAUGUCACAGAAAGGCGGUUCUUGAGCAUCUUGAAAAUAUCAAGAUGCAAGCCUCAGAGAGAUGCAUUGUUUGGCUUUAAAAGCGGCAGUUGCAGAGUUGCAAUUCACAAAGAGACUUUGGUUUCUGUAUGGGACAGCAAAGGGCUUACAACAACAGUGGUGAAGGAAAGAUUCUAAGCAGCAGCACCCUCUUGCUAAAAUCAUACAACAGAUAAACAAAGUUAACCGAAUUAUUUAUUUUGAAUACAUGAUAUUUUGAAAGUAGAAACAAAUAACUCAUAAACACAGAUGUGAGACUAAUUAUGUAUAUUGAAUUUAGUAUCAUCGAAUUAUUUUGAAAAAAUGGAACAAAUAACUAUA